AUGGACGACUGCGAGGACGACAUUAAUGACGUAAUGCGCGAGCUUCAGUACACGCGGGAGUAUAUCCUGGAGCAUCGCCUCACGUUUUACAACGCCAUGCUCACCACGCAGGGAUCCAAUCAGCUGGAAGAAGUCUUUGGUGUACCUGCGACGGUCUUUCCUUUCCUGCCCUGCGCUCGCGAGAGUGUGGCAUUCGUCACACACGCCUAUGAUUGUAUUGUUGCGGAGUACGGACCGCUGGAUUUUCACAACUUCACCAAAUAUGCACAUGACGUGUUUGUGCGUGACCGACCCGAGAUUGUGCGACACGCCCCGCGCAUCUUUCGCAUGCUUAACAAAACACGCUCUGGUAUCAUCUCCUUCGAGGAACUCUGCUGUUGGAUGGCGCGUAAACUUUCAUCCGGCUCACGGCUGCGACCUGACUCCCAUCUUCUAGCCAUUGCGAUGUCGCUACGCCUUCCACUGGCGCUGGUGCUCAACAAACGGCAUCAGUGGUCCCGCAUGGAGUGUGCAUUGGCGUCCCUGUCGGACGCCAAUGUAGAAGGCUACUAA